AUGGUAAUGAUCAUCAGUCUGAGGAAAGACGGAGCAAUUUUUUAUAAAGAACGGAUAUUUACACGUCGUAGUGGGUACCUGGGGUCAGUUGCCCGGAUGGGAUGUGCUGAACAGUACGAUCAGACGAGGCUAUUGGUGCACCUCCUGGAGGUGACCUUACGACAUGCAUUGAAGCAGUGUGCUGACCAGCGAUCUUCUGAGGGGACACCGGCCGACAAUCAACCCACAUCAAAAACCCGAAGAGAUCUAAAAUUUUACCAGCAGAAAGACGGUUGUCAUAUUGCUGACAAGGUCCUUCAGUUCACUGGCUUGGGCACAACAAGUUACGACAUUCAGUUCUUUGAAGACCAAUGGAACAAUCAGCGUCAAUUUCAAUUAAACCAUACCGAUGCAGAUCGUGAGCGGCAAGAGCGUCUGGCCAGCUUUCUGGAUCGGGAAGCCAGUUUGAAUCGACUGAGAACACAACUCAACACGAUGGUAUCGACCGAUGCUGGUUCCUAUGACAACAUAUUUCAAUCUUUACUGGACAUUGCCUCAAGUAUGGAACAGCAACAAGAAUUCGCUAGGGAGCUUCCUGGAGAGCACAACAUAUUGAUUGGUCAAGAUGCCCCAAGGAGAAGAUUGCAAUUGCUGCUUUGGCAUUCCAAAUCGGAAUUGUACACUCAUGCAGUUGAGUUGUUUGCAGAACAACAGCCUUUGUAUCGAGGGACUCACAUUGGAACGACACUCAGCACACGCAUCAUAGCUGCGAUUGAUCGGCGGAAGAGACCUAUCGAAACAGCAAUAAGGAAAUAUAAUGAAUAUCGACACGAAUACCUUGCGCUUCUGACCCCUGAGGAAGAUCAUCCAAAUACCCCCGAGAUGUCAUAUCGAACUUUUGUCAACUUAUCACUCGAUGAUGCUUUCUGGCAAGAUGUGUAUCUGUACCAUUCACGAGCUCCUUGGGCGGUCAACUCUGAUGUGCGGUCCGGAAUACAUGCAAUGUUGAUUGCAAAAAGAGUAGAAGAGGAAAUUAACAUGAUACAGCAUGAGUUUGAAUCGGCGCUAUCUUGGGCUGUAAAUCAUCAUGUCCUUCUCAAGGCAAAAAUUAGUAUACUUGAACGUUUCCUCUCGGAAGUGUCUGAAGACGAUGAUGAAGAAGUUGAGGCAAACGAUACGGCAGGCGGCAUUCUUACUUCGAUCAGCUUUGGCGAUUGCGGCAACUCCGUCAAGGCUGAUCUAUCGCUAUCCAUCUUGAAGAACCACCUAACUAAACACGAGGCUCUUCUGAAAACUUGGUCGGCAGAUGUUCUGUCAUUGUGGGGGCAGCUAUACGGAAACGGUCCACAAGCCCACGAAUGGUUCCGACUUAUAUCAACAUUUGCAUCAAAUGAUAGAAAUGGAGCAGAUAACACCAUGAGGACCGGUCGUGAACAGGAGGUUAUCGAUGACAUUGAGAUCGAUGAGGAAGGGGAAGAGGUGGACCCAGGUGAACUGAUAAAUCAUAUACAUAUCAACUAGUAAUUAAGUGAACAACCGUCAAUACACUUUUCCUCCUCUUCUCGUUAAUGUACUCUAUGCCGAUUUGUGUUGCUAGUUUUGUCUGUUUCUUUCUGUGUUUUUUCUCAACUUAUGUUUGCGAAGGAAAGUGCCUAUGUACAUAGUGAAUUCAUGCCUCAUUCUAAUUCCGUACUGCAAAAUGGGAUGUCCAACUAUCUGCCAGUGCAGCCGCACCGGAAAUUACCCAUGGCCAAAUUUCA